CUUAUUUUCUCUCGCCAAUCUCAUUAGACUCUCUUUUAUAAUAAAACUAGAUCACAUUUUAUAGUGAAUUUCAAGGUUAAAAAUCCAAAUCAUGAAUGUUGAUGUAUAGAGGUAAUAUGAAUAUUUUAAAUCAUGUUCUCGACGGAGAUUAGAGACGCGUUAGCCACAACCGCCUCGAUUUGCACGGUUUUGCAAUUUUUAGCCGGCGUGCUAGUAUGCAGAAAAAUCAUUAAAAAUGGCAGUACAGGAAAUAGUUCAAUCUUGGCAUUUGUAACAUGUUAUACAUCAUGUGUCUUGUGGAUGAGAUACGGUAUGCUUAUUGGAGAUCGAUUUAUAUUGUUAGUGAAUGUUUUUGGCUCCAUACUCCAAGCAUCUUAUGUUUACGUAUUUAUUUUGUAUAGUGUACAAAAAUUUAAACCAAUAAAACAAGUGAUUGCAGCGACUUGCUUCCUUGGAGUUGUGUACUUUUAUAGUUUUUACGAGGAAGACAGAGCAUUAGCUGCAAAAUAUGUUGGUUUCCUUAGUUGUAUAUUAACAGUAUUAUUUUUUGCAUCUCCAUUAAUGAUGUUGGCACAUGUGAUAAGAGUUAAAAGUACAGAAAGUUUACCAUUUCCCAUUAUCAUGGCUUCUUUAAUAGUUUCUUGUCAGUGGUUUGCAUAUGGUUGCCUUCUUAAUGAUCGAUUCAUACAAAUACCAAAUUUUUUAGGCUGUGUAUUAUCUGCAUUUCAACUUUGCUUCUUUUUAGUUUAUCAUAACGAUCAAUCUAAUGAGACUUACUUGAUAUAAUAGUAAAAAAUAUAUGUCACAUAUUAUGUACUGUAAACAAAUAAAUAUAUUUUUUAAUAUAUUAAUCAUAAA